AUGAAGUUCAUUCAGUCAGACCAGAUCUUGGAAAUCCCAGAAGGAGUUACUGUUAACAUCAACGCUAGAACCAUCAAGGUUACUGGCCCAAGAGGUGAAUUGACCAAGGACUUGAAGCAUAUCGAUGUCACAUUUGAGAAGUUGUCUGACAAGGCCAUCAAAAUCAUUGUUCUUCACGGUGACAGAAAGCAUGUUGCUGCUUUGAGAACUGUUAAGUCCUUGAUUGCCAACUUGGUCACCGGUGUUACCAAGGGUUACAAGUACAAGAUGAGAUACGUCUAUGCGCAUUUCCCAAUCAAUGUUAACGUUGUUGAGAUUGAUGGCCAGAAGUAUGUGGAGAUCAGAAACUUUUUGGGUGAGAAAAAGGUCAGACAUGUCAAGAUCUUUGACGGUGUCACUAUGGAGCAGUCCACUACCCAAAAGGAUGAGUUGAUCAUCUCUGGUAACUCUUUGGAGGCCGUUUCUCAGAACGCUGCUGACAUCAACCAGAUUUGCAGAGUUAGAAACAAGGAUAUCCGUAAGUUCUUGGACGGUAUCUAUGUCUCUGAGCGUGGUUUGAUCAAUGAGGAUGCUUAA